GCAAGGGGACGCAAAACGAAGAAUCUACUUCUUAUGGCCUUAACUGACUUACGGAACGUUUGAUUCACGUUUGAGUCACGUUCGGAGUUUCAACUCUUCAAACCUGAGGUGAGAAGAUAUAGGUCAAGGUUGAUGAAAAUGGCCUCUGAUUCUUGGCCAAAUAACAAGGAUGACUAUGAACUUGGAGAAGUUAUCGGUGCUGGAGCCACUGCUGUGGUUCAAGUUGCAUUAUGUAAGCCUCGCAAUGAGAAAGUAGCAAUUAAACGUAUAAACCUGGAGAAAUGCAGCACAACUGUAGAAGAACUCUUGAAAGAAAUCCAGGCUAUGAGUCAAUGUAACCACGAAAAUGUUGUAUUUUACCACACUUCAUUUGUGGCUAAGGAUGAGCUCUGGGUUAUUAUGCAAUUAUGUAGUGGAGGCUCUCUACUCGAUAUAAUAAAACAGAGAGUUAGAAGUGGCAAUUAUAAAAAUGGCGUUUUAGAUGAAGUAACUAUAGCAACUAUUUUAAAAGAAGUACUUAAGGCGCUAGAUUAUUUCCAUGCCAACGGACAAAUACACAGGGACAUCAAGGCUGGGAACAUAUUACUAGGUGAAGAUGGAACAGUUAGAAUUGCAGAUUUUGGAGUAUCUGCAUGGCUGGCAACUGGUAAAGAUCUGUCCAGGGAUCAAUGUCGACACACAUUUGUAGGAACACCAUGUUGGAUGGCACCUGAAGUCAUGGAACAGGUGACUGGCUAUGACUUCAAGGCAGAUAUCUGGAGUUUGGGUAUCACAGCCAUAGAACUGGCAACUGGUACUGCACCGUAUCAUAAAUACCCUCCUAUGAAAGUAUUAAUGUUAACAUUACAAAAUGACCCUCCUUCUCUUGACUUUGGGUCCGAGGACAAAGAUCAGUAUAAAAACUACAGUAAAAUAUUCAGGAAAAUGAUAUCUGAAUGUCUUCGCAAAGAGCCUGACAAAAGACCAAACUCCAAGCUGCUGCAGAAACAUGACUUCUUUAAGAAGGCCAAGGACAAAGCCUACCUUGUUAAGAUGCUACUCAAUGAGGGUACUCCAAUAAAACCACAGAAAGUAAAGCGUAUCCCAGGUUCUAGUGGAAGGCUACAUCAGACAGCAGAUGGUGGCUGGGAGUGGUCAGAUGAUGAGAUGGACCCCCUAUCUGAGGAGGGCAGGAUUGCAGCUCUGGGAGAAAGGUCCCCUCGUGUGAAGGACCUGCACAAACUGAGCAAAGAGUUCACAGCUGCAAAAGAAACACAGGAGGCUGGCAAAAGUUUAGAACCCACAGCAGUAGAUGCUCCUGUAGCAAAGCCUGACCCCCCACUCCCGGCACAACCCUCUCAGCCAAUUCAGAUCAAGGGUGCAGAUGGAGCUCAACCUCUGGCUGAUGGUUGUGAAUUGAACCUUGUCCUCAGACUCAGGAAUGAGAAGCGAGAGCUGAAUGACAUCAAGUUUGACUUCACCCAAGGUUCUGAUAGUGCAGAUAGUGUCUCUCGGGAACUUGUGGAGGCUGGACUUGUUGAUGGGAAAGAUACUAUAGUUGUUGCUGCUAACUUACAAAAGAUUAUUGACGACACAAGAAUUAAAACCAUCAGUUUUGGACUGAACGCUGGCUGUAGUAAUGAAAUUCCAGAUGACAAAGCCCUGAUAGGAUUUGCACAACUUUCAAUCAAUGAGCCUGCUACUCCUUUAACCCCACCCACUUAA